AUGUCUAGAUUCCAGCAGGAGGCUACAGCUGUCAUAGGCACCAUGGAGGGCCCCGGAGGCAUUUCUCCCAUGGAGUGGUCGCUCAUGUACGCCAAUCAUCACCGGUUCUCUUUUGUGGACGAACAAAUGGAGCACCAGUAUUCAGAGGGCUGUGAGUACUGCCGCCGCAAGCUGUUUACUUGCGCAUCGGAAGCAGCAACAGCCCCGGAUCAGCUGUCGCGAGGUGUCCUUCAUGAAGGAACCGUCUACGAGGCCCCAUGUGUCAGGCGCAGCCAGUGGUUGGCGCCUCACUUUCAUUGUUAUCCUACCUCCGAGUGUCAUCAGCCGGUCACAGUCAAUGUCGAUACGUUCCCCGAGAUGGUGGCAACCGCCACUCCAGCCCAGGGUCCAGUCCCCAUGUCAGAGGCCCAGAUGCCGGCGGUGCACACUAAUUGGAGCAUCAGUGCGUCCAGGGAAUAUGAACAGCCACAAUUUGGCUUGUCCAUGACUCAGCAGGUUGCACCCGUGAUGCCACAGUGGCGGCAAACGUUGCAUCUACAUCCGGCUGCUUACGACUUCGUUAUCGAACCGGAGCAUAACGCACAGUAUGUCGGCGAUCCGAGACCCAUCAUGCCCCAAUUGAACGAGGCUGCAAUGCCUACUGGUGGCCCGCCAGCAGGCACGCCCGCAUUCGUGGAAGAGGAAGAGGAUCCGCUCGCCGUGACGGAUUGGGCAAGUCUCCGCUACACCAAGCAAUGGCGAAACUCAGCGGCCACUUGCUUCGGCUAUACCGUAUACUACAAGCAAUCUGGCUCAAGGGACAUCGCGGGGCCACCAGCUUCUUUGGGCGCCGAUGUUGCCGAUAUCUUCGUGUACCAUCACACAGGCAGGCGGCAGUUCCAACACUGGGUUUGUAAGGCUGUAGACCCCUGUGUGUGGGUACCGAUAAAGGACGGUCAGCCCCAUCCGUUUUCGAAGGACCGUUUUUUAUCCACCAAGGUACCGCGCGACCCAAGUUGGGUCACUAAGUCGACGAUCGCUGCGUACAAUAGCCGGAAGAAGAAGGACAACGCUUGA